AUGACAAGCAUUUCUCAGCCAGUCCUCCCACCGCAAGCCCCAAGCAACGCAUCACAGGUAGCGCCAGCGCAUUCGCCAUCGGCUUCGGCAAGCGGUAGAGCACCGCCUCAAGCCGCGGGUACGGCUUCUGCCACUGUCAAAACCAGCUACGCCAGCGCGACCAAGAAGACCUUUUCGCCGUCGUCUGCGUCAGGCACGUCAGCUCCAACAGCACCGGCAGUCCAGAUACCUGCGCAACAUGGAAAACCUGACACUAGCUCACCAGUGAACGGCAGGGUAGCUAUUCCGCCUGCCGUUCCAACCGUGGGUGCACCAACAAUAGUCAAUGGAAACACACCCACAAGCUCCAACUCAGGGGUAGGCGAUCAUAGCCGCAAGCCUUCAGUCACAAUUAGUGCUGCGGGCGCAUCUGGAUACAUGCCAAAUGGAGGUCCGGUAGCAGGAAAGCCAACAGGUGGGAGCAACAUACAGUUUGGGUCUCAUCCUGCAGAUGCCUCAGCAGCCGCGCAAAACGCAACGCCACAUCCCAACCAGUCUACGAAUUCUUUGGCCGUCAACACUCCAUCGAAUCCGCGCGUGACAUCACCCCAGACAUCACCGUCACCAAUCCCACAGCCACCUGCUAGUGGCGGUGGCCGACCUCCCUCUAGUCUGCAUGGCAACAGCACUAGCCUCAGCUUUGGCAACUUUGGUGGUACUGAAGCAAGUCAAAUGAGGCCGCCUGGUGCACCUCAAGGUCCUCUCGCACCUGGUGCACAACCUAGUCACCUUCGUCGCGAAUCGUCGCAAUCUCAACACAGUGACAUGAGCAAUCAUGCAAUGUCUCCUGCCGGCAGAGGCGGGUAUCCUCCCCAAGGCGGCCGAGGAAGAGGUAACUUCCAAGGUCAAUAUCCUCAGCAAAACAUGGGAUACAUGCCUGGGUCUAACGCUAGACCACCCCCGAGCCAACCUCGAGGUAAUCAAAACAUGACUCCAUACCAGGGUCAAAAUCGAUCACUCGCACCUUUUCCGAAUUCGCCACUUCAAAGCGCUCGAAGUCCAGCUUUGGCAAAUUCGCAGCCGGCUCACCCACAGCCUGGCCAAGUUCCGAUGUCGAGCCCUCAGAUGGGUGGGCAACAAGCAUAUGGCUACCCCAGUCAGUAUGGUGGAUACCCCCCUAAUAUGGGACCCCCACAAGUAAAUCCUCAAUCUUCUUCAUCUACAAAACGCAAUUUUCCUACACAGCAGCAUUCAGGACCGAAUCAGCGCCGGCACUCGGAUAAGAAUGCUGCUCCAAUCCCCCUUGAUCUUUCCCCUGCCAAUGGUCAAUUUGAACAAUUUCUGACAUUGAGACAACAACAGGGUCAAUAUAGUUAUGAUCCAAAUUAUAUGGCUUACUACAACGUGUACGGAAUGCCUGGCAUGCCUCAACAGCAAAUGCCGCCAAGCUCUCCUCGACCUCCACAUCAGAUGACUCCAGGUCCUCAACAGCCGCAAUACCACCCGGGCCAAUAUAACAACCAGCAACAACCAUCGCCCAUGUCACGCACGUCCUCCGCAAUUUCGCACAGUGAUCGGCCCAGCUCAAGCAUGGGCAGACCACAAGGAAGCUCAACUCCCGCAGUGAACAGCGCAGCUGCAGCUACCCGUCAUGCCAACAGCCCAGCGCCCAAGACCACAAACAACUUCCAGAUCCCUCCAAAGAAGAAGAGCGCAGGCAUUAUCAUCAAGAACCCCAACAGUGGUGAUGUCGUCACCUUCGAAAAAUCAUCUGCUUCCCCUGCGCCGCCCAGCAAGUCUCCUGCGGUUGCUCCGACGCCGACUCCUCCCCCUCGUGUACCAAGUUACUCUGAUACUCAGCAACCUCGAAACGAAAACAAGAGUGUCAAAACCGACGAUGAGAAACGAAAAGAGAUGAGAGAGACUAUUGCUAAGAAAAUGGAGGCGGACAGAGCGGAAGAGCAGCGCCAGAAGAACGAAGAAGAGUCCAAGGCAGCUCAAGAGAAGAAAGACAGCGAAGACAAGAUUCUCAAAGAAAAGGAGGAGGCUGAUGCCAAGCAACGAGAGGCAGCCACGGCUCAAAUGGAGGCCGAAGAGGCUCUGGAGAAAGACAAAGCUGAGGCCGCGGAGGCUGAGAGUGCUGCUGCUAAGGCUAAAGCUGAGGCCGACGAAGCCGCUGAGAAGGCUCGCAAGAAACAAGAGCAAGAAGAUGAAUAUGCUCGCAUGGAGGCUGAAUUCGCCGAGAUGGAGCGUAAGGAAAAAGAAGCCGAGGAGCGAUAUGCAGCGAAGAAAAAGGCCGAAAAGGAGGAAGCUGCACGAAAAGAAGCUGAGGCUUUCAAGAUGGCGGCUGAAGAAAUGAAGAGAGCAGAGCGAGAGGCUGAAGAGGCCGAAGAAGCUCGGUUAAAAGAGAUUGAAAAGUCUGAAGGUGACGACUCACAGAAAGAGCGAGAGGAUAUGUUCGCACAACUCAAGAAAGAUGGUUCCGCAACUCCCACCAGUGAUGCUCCAGCUACUGCAGAAGAAACACCUGUUGACAGUGGUGUUGCCACGCCUGCAUCAGAUGCUCCGGCUCCUGCCGCUCCAUCAAAACCAGCAGCCACUGGUGGAAAGCAGAAGCCAACUGCGCUGAAGAUUGAUACGGCGAAGCCUGUCGAGCCAGCCCAGCCUAGCGCCCAGCUCCUAUCUCUGCGAUCCGCUCGGCGACUCAUGUCUAUCAACGAUGUCUCCUAUCCUGCUCCCAUCAGUUCACCAAAUCCGGCGCUAAACACAGGAGCGCCAACGGGCAAGUUGCGAUACAACAAGGAAUUCUUGUUGCAAUUCCAACGGGCCUUCGUCGAAAAGCCAUCUGAGAAUUGGACGGAGAGGGUCAAUGAGACGGUUGGUGAUACAUCAGAGCCUUCAUCUGCUCGUACUCCUGCACGAGGUGGAGGCGGCCCUGGUUCCAUAACGACAGGACGACAGCCCUCCAACAGAGCUCCAUUGCUACAAAUGGGUGCCUUUGCUCAAGGUGGAAGGACUCUUCCCCCCAAUACCACAUCGUCGCAGCGCUUCGAAGCAGCUACUGCCAAUCGCAAUGCACAACCAGCACGGCCAACCAUGCAAAACCCAUUGGCGAGUUUUGUCUCACGGGGUCCUGGUGGGGGUUUCCCUGCGCCGGCUACCAGCACCAAGAUGGACCGUACACCAUCUUCCACGUCACUAAACCACCCAAAUUCGCCACGCAACGCUAGCCAACGUGGCGGCUCUCAACGUGGCAGUAGGGCAGCCACGCGACGAGAAGACCCCUAA